AUCUCCGUGGGGUCGGUGGCUGUACGUGACACGGGGCUCGGCCUCGCAGCUCCUCUGAGCGCUGCCAUGAGGCCGGUGCUGGUGAAUCCCUUCUCAGUCAGGUCGUUGAUGUCAGGAGCCUUUUGUGUUGAGCCCUCAUCUCCGAGGACUCACUUUGGCUUCCGAGGGAGGGGAGUUCUUUGUUGGGGGCCACAUUCUGACCCAGGGCUGUGACAUCAGCACUGUUCCCUUGGGAACGGGGAGAUGGGGCUGCACCGAGCCCUGUACAGCGAUGGGAGUCAGCGGUGAUAAAACACUGCUCAGGUUGGCUUCCAUUGUCAGUGCCAUGAGAUAUCCAGAGGUUGCAAUGUUGGGUUUGUGAUCUUGGUCGUUUGGGGAGUACUUUAGGUUUUGGGAUAUGUGUAUAUAAUUCAGAACUGUGCAGGUGCUGUGUAAGGAUUCAGGAUUUCCUCAUGCCCAACAGCGUUUUAAAGGUUCCAGGAGUGCUUACUUGUAUUGCUUUAUAGUUUGGUGGGCAAGUUAAAUUGGAACAGUACUUCUUUACAGUGGAAAUAGACUCAGAGAACGGUUUGGGUUGGAAGGGACCUUCAAGAUCAUCUGAAAUAGCCUGUAAAAGUCUUGCAGAGAAGGGAGGACUUCAUCUUUAACUUGUCAACUGUAUCCUAAUUACUGGAAUGUGGUGGAUUAAAACAUCCUGCUGCCCUGUUCCCACAACUGGGAUUCAUGAUUCGCAUUCUGACCAAUACAGUGAUGUGUGCUUCAUCUCUUUUAGCAGCAUUGUACUUCAAGCCUGUCUUGUUGGAGGACUUUUCCUAAUGGAAGGAUUAGGUCUUGAAGGUGAUGCUGGUGGCAUUUCAGAGAUACCGAGUCUGAAGACUUCCAAAGAAUGACUCUGUGGUGACCCAUCUGGUUGAUAACCCCAACAUGAAGACCCUGGGGAGCAGCCACAUCCUUGGGCUACUCCUUUGUGCUUUCCACCUGCCUUUGGGGGCUUCCUUUGAAGGAGUUACCAUCCCCGCAGAGCUGAAGUCAGUCGUGGCCAAGGUUGUGGUGAACACCACGUCGUGCAGCGUCACCUGCGGGCUGGGCUUCAAGCUGGAGGAGCUGUGUGAGGUCACCCCGGCCGGCGGGAGGCAGAACUGCACCGUGCGCCGCUCCGCCUGCCUCACCAGCUGGGUCUGCGGCUUGCUCCACUUCACCCUCCCGGUGGGCCAACCCUUCCAGUUGAGCUGCCUGACCUCGGACAUCACAGGCAAUGGGAGCCAAACCUACAGCUAUACCUGGAGGUUUGCCCCAGGCCUCAUCACCACAAAGGACGUGCUGUUCAGACCUUUCAGAAACCCCAGGCCUGUUGUCAGGUUUUCCCCUACCAAGGAGUCGGAUGCAGGGACUUACCGAUGCGAAGUGCAGGUGGUGAAGACGUUCAAAGUCGUCAAGAGGGUCUACUUUGCAAUCAGAGUGAUCCACAAGGACUUGGUGGAUCUGAACUUCCAAAAAUUCCUGACUUGGGAACAGAAGUUAGCAGCAAGCAAGGUGGAAGAGAACCUAGAAACUGGCGUCUAUGAAGUGCAGGAAGAGGAGCCCUUUUGGCAAGGAGAAUUGUUUUAUCAAUGCUUGGUAGGAAUGGGCAGUGGCGUGACAGGGGGUGUCUUGCUGAGCGUGGUGCUCCACUACUUGCAGGAGAUUUGGAGAAGGAGGAGAGCUGCAAAGCAACGAGCUGAGAUUUAAUGUCAUUUCUUGUCUGUCUCUUUCUUGAUGCAGUAUUUCGUGGUGGUGGUUGUCAUUUUUCUGGCUCACACAGUUUAUUCCCAAAUAUUUUCUGAAGUUUCAGAGUAAUUUACCAGGUGAUUUAGUACAUGGCCAUAGAACCAGAGCUUGAGUCUUAAUGGAGUGAAGGGAUGG